AUGAACUCGACGAAAGCAAACGAAAUUUUUCAGUUUCAGGAACAACACAGCGUCGAAUGCUCUAACCAUUGCGACAAAAUAUCUCUCAAAGAAAAAUCUAUCAUUGGGACUUUUCAAAGUGAGACUUCAUGUUUACCAUACGGUCGUAAUUUUCUCGAGGCGAGCGCCGGAAAUGUCUACGAAAAUUCGAAAGAGGCGAGCAGUUUUGGCGGGAGUUUUGGUCACGCCAACACGGAUAGCAUUUUCUGGGGCGGGAAAUUUGGAACACAUGGUUCUGACGAUACACAAGUCGUUCCAGACUUCGAUGACUUGUUAGAAAAAAUUCGUGCUGACAUCGACAGAACUGGUGUUUCAAGGGAAUCACUUGUUGCCGAGACCGAGUGCCGCAGCAGUCGGGUUCACUUCGACUCCUCUGGUCGUCCAAAAAGAAGGAAGUCCGAACGCGACGAGUUAGAGAUUUAUUUCCCCUGUGUGUUAACUCCUCUUCCCGUGGAUCGCUUGUACAGCACGCUUGCAGAUGACGCAACUGUGUUCAAAUUUCCAGUGUCUUCCAUCGAACAUUUUGCCAAUGACAAAUCGAAGCAAUACUUGUCGAGCGAACAUGACUUAAACGCAGAUGAAAUUCGUCACAGUUUAGAUUCGUUUGACAAUGUCAGCGUUCUUUCAUUUUCAGAGGGAAGUGAAAAGAAAUUUGUUAAGUCGGAUGUAACAUCUACCGAUGCGAGGAUUUCGACGGGAGGAAACGAACAUGAUUUCAUCGAAGAACAACAACAAUUCUUGGACACUGGCCAAACGUGCAUUAGCGAGCAACAGAUUUUACCUCUCUCUACCAUGACUAUAGGAAAUAAACUUAAAUUUCAAAAUUCUAUUACAAGUGGCUCUUGUCCGGAGGCGAUACAUGUAUGCAUCUCUUCACUGGACCAAAAUACACAGUCCAGUAGAAAGCAGUGCGGAAGCCCUUGGCAAAGGUCUCAAACUAUCCACGACCCACUCGUUCAGUCGAGUAACACGUCAACCUCCGCAGAGUAUCUUGAACUCUCCCAAAGUGUAAAGGUAAAUACAGAUCCCUCUUUAAAUGUACUUCCUAUGAAUAACUGGAGAAACUGCGUCAAUUUUGACAUCCCCGUCGAAAAUCCUUCCUUUACCAAAGACGGGUUUGUCGAAGGCGGUGAAGCUUCCGUUGAAUGCAGUCGUUUAGGAUUCCUCGCGCCUCCACCUAUUUGCCCGAGAAUUGACAAUGCGUCGAUGAAUCUAUGUGACAAUAAAGCAGGACAGGAGGAAGAAUCGUCGCUUUGCGGAAACUUUGCUGUGAUAAAAACCGGAACAAAUUAUGAAGACAGUGAUGAAACAGUUUCGAUAAAAUUUGCAAGCAAAAGAUCAAAGAAUCGUAACGCGAAACCAAUAGGGAACGAGCGAGGUACCUCUUACAGCUGCAGUUCCCGCGGUUUUCAUAACAAUCUGGAAAAGCAGCGGCGAAUUAACAUGAAGGCACGGUUUCAGAAUCUGAGAAUGGCCCUGCCAGAAUUGUCAGAUAAUCAACGAGCAUCAAAGAUUGCCAUUCUGCGAAAGGCUUUGGAGUGUAUUGGAAUGCUAGAGAAAGAAUCUGUAAAACUGGAAUACAUAAAGCGAACAGAAAAGCUAAAAAACAUCGAAUUGUUAAAUAAGUUACAAAACAUAACCUCAGGACAAUGUUAG